AAAAAGAAGAAGGAAAAAAAAAAACAAGCGAGAGCGAGAGGGACCGAGAGAGAGAGGAAGCAGAGCAGGGGGAGGAAGGAAGGAGGGCGCUUGGAUCGGCAUCGGCUGGAGAGGGAGAGGCAGCGGGACGGGAGGUUGGUCGGAUUGGCGGCGGCGGAGGUGGUGGUGUAGGAGGUGCAGGGGGAGGGAGAGGGGAAGAUGGCGAGGACGCCGGCAGCAGCGGCGGCGGGGUCAGCGGUGGGGAUGGAGAUGCCGAUAAUGCACGACGGGGACAGGUACGAGCCCGUGCGGGACAUCGGGUCGGGAAACUUCGGCGUCGCGCGCCUCAUGCGCAACCGCGCCACCGGCGACCUCGUCGCCGUCAAGUACAUCGACCGCGGCGACAAGAUCGACGAGAACGUGCAGCGGGAGAUCAUCAACCACCGCUCGCUGCGCCACCCCAACAUCAUCCGCUUCAAGGAGGUCAUCCUGACCAAGACUCACCUAGCCAUCGUCAUGGAGUACGCCUCCGGCGGGGAGCUCUUCAACCGCAUCUGCAAUGCCGGCCGGUUCAGCGAGGACGAGGCUCGCUUCUUCUUCCAGCAGCUGAUUUCAGGGGUUAGCUACUGCCACUCCAUGCAAGUAUGCCACCGUGAUUUGAAGCUCGAGAACACUCUGCUGGAUGGAAGCACUGCGCCUCGCCUCAAGAUAUGCGACUUCGGUUAUUCAAAGUCAUCUGUUCUUCACUCCCAACCAAAGUCCACUGUGGGAACUCCAGCAUACAUUGCUCCUGAAAUUUUGCUGAACAAGGAAUACGACGGCAAGAUUGCCGAUGUCUGGUCAUGCGGUGUGACCCUCUACGUGAUGCUGGUUGGCGGGUAUCCUUUUGAGGAUCCUGAAGACCCUAAGAAUUUCAAAAAGACAAUUCAGAAAAUACUGGGUGUUCAGUACGCGAUUCCUGACUACGUCUGUGUAUCUCCAGAAUGCCGGGAUCUGAUAUCAAGGAUUUUUGUUGCCAACCCAGCAGAUAGGAUCACGAUGCCUGAGAUCAAGAGCCAUCCAUGGUUCGUCAAGAACCUCCCAGCUGACCUCGUGGGCGACGGCACGGUGAGCUACGAGGAGCCGGACCAGCCGAUGCAGAACAUGAACGAGAUCAUGCAGAUACUGGCUGAGGCAACAGUGCCGGCCGAUGGCGCCCGUGGAACGACCCAGCUUUUGUGCGACGACCUUGAUGACUUUGACGACGAUAUGGACCUGGACUCGGACCUGGACCUCGACAUCGAGAGCAGUGGAGAGAUAGUGUAUGCCAUGUAAUCAUGCAUGCCAAUGAUUUCUGGCUGUCCUUGUAAAUCAGUCUGUCCGUCGAGAGUUGCUGAUGCUCUGGAUGCAAGAGCUCAAGCUUAAGGAGCGAUCUGUGUUCCGUGGCAUGGUGAUCGUUUUGACACCCUGAUUCUAGUCGUUGAUCCAUACUGAACCGCUGUCUAUUGUGUAGUAUGUAGAACUUUAUCUUGUACAUAUUGUUUUUCGUCGCUUGGUCUCUCUUUGCUGAAACUGAAAAAUGGAAACGCUGCUAAUGUAGUUGUAUCUUUAGCCCA